AAAGAUUACCGUGCAUCUAGGAGAGUGUUUGCGCACACUGGGCAGUGUGCUUGUUAAAGAGGUUCGGCAAUAGCGUCUGCUAUUGACGUCGAGACAAAAUAUUGUUUGUGGACAUCGGAGUCAAAUUGGUUGAGCUGAAAUGCGCUCAGCACCUUGGAGAGCUCUCGCGCGUAGUGAAUCACUCCGCCACUCAUUCUGAUGCGUACAGAUCAGCAGUGCCACUGUCUGACAAUUUAGUGGAAAUCACGCUAUGACGAAUUUCACUCUGCUGUUUCUGCUGAUGUGUUGUGUUCUAUGUGUGCACUUUCUGUCUGUCGGAGUAGAGGCAAGAUUACCGGACGUUCCGUCGUUGGAAACACGAGACUCACGCAAGCAUAAACAGUUGGGUGUCCCUGUCCAUGAUAGGGGACAGCUUCAGAGGGAAAUAUCUUCCUCAGUUUUGAGAAACAAGUUCAACCGCCUUCCGGGAGUAUGUCAACGUCUACGCAGAAGGAGAAUCACAAUUCUGUGCAAUUCCAACGUGGGCAAGUACUGUUCGGUCAAAGAUGGAGCUCAACAUGGCCAUAUUUGCCGCUGUCCAAGAGCAUCAAAGUGUAAAUACUUCUUUCUGAGGAGUCUGUAGAGUUCAAUCUAGAUUGCCUUUGUCUGUUGUGCUGUUUGUCCCCUGUCAAACUGUUUUGACAAUUAAAUAAAUGCACAUUUUCAAGAUAAAAAUACAAGGAACACUUUCCCAGUACAUCACAAAUUGUGUCUUUUGACACAAAUACAAGUCCAAGUUCACUCUGGGAAUCUUCUUUUUCAUAUUUUAUGUUCAACUUGUAUCUUACAUCCCUGAAAAGUUUGCUUAUUGAAGGUAACACUUACCAUGCAUCAUUACACAUAACCAUGCCAUAACAGCCUGUCAUAAUAGGGUCAUAAAACUGUCAUGAGACCUUUUUGGUCCUGUUGUGACAUAUUGCAUUACUUUAUGACUGGUUAUGACACCAACAUAAGUGUCAAAUCCCACACAAAAAAAAACUACCACGGUAGUUACUUUAUGGCUGGUUAUGACACCUACAUAAGUUUCAAAACCCACAAAACAUACCAUUACACCAUAGCCUACUUGUCAACAGUAUGUUUUGAACAUUUUCUGAAAUUUACCAUAUUAAAUCAUCAUUGUAAUUGCGCACACAUUGAUGUCAGACAUGCAUCUACCCAAUGCUCUGUUGCUGAUGCUGGGAUGAAUGCAGGAGCAGAUAUCAGGGAUGAAUGCAGGAGCAGAUAUCAGGAGCAGGACAAGACACUUUUUUUUGGACUGAUGAUUGACAUAAGGGAAUGUACGUGAGAGGCCCAUCUGGCUUACAGUGGUGGUAAGAACUUUAAAGUAUUUUUACUUAAGUAUCACGUAAGUAUCU